GACCCACUGUGUUCAGGGCCAGAGGAACACAUGAAAAGGAUUUUUUAACUGCUGCAAACACAGAGGCCGUCAGCGAACACUUAGCAAACAGCAAAAACAAACUGAGUGACGAAGAAGAGCAGCGCAGACACUGAAAACACUCGAACACACAGGACACAGAGAGAAAAAGAGGAAGAGCGCUGGUCUCUCUGGUUUCCUUGCAUCUUCAUCUUCUAACCUCUCUCAUCCCCUCUCAGCGAAGAUGAUGAUGUAUUUCUGGGGUAACCAAGAGGCCCCGGCUCCCCCUGAAGCUAUGGCUCAACCUUUCCCACAAGCCCAGUAUCCACCUCCUUCACAGAACGGGAUUCCUGCUGAGUAUGCUACACCCCACACCCACCCACCGGCUGACUACACGGGAACGAGCACAGUGGGCGAGCAUACCCUAACACUAUACUCGGCGACGCACACACAGAGUGAGCAGCCAGGCAACGACAGCAGCACUCCAGCUCUUACUGCUAACACAGUAUCGCAUCCAGAGGACGUGGCACAGACCGAGGGUUCGCAGCAGCUCCACCUGCAGCCCAGCGAUUCAUUAGAGAAGCAGCAACCCAAGAGGCUACACGUCUCUAACAUCCCUUUCCGCUUCCGGGACCCUGACCUCCGGCAAAUGUUCGGGCAAUUUGGAAAGAUUUUAGACGUGGAGAUUAUUUUUAAUGAACGAGGCUCCAAGGGUUUUGGGUUUGUAACAUUUGAAACCAGUGCAGAUGCUGACCAUGCACGGGAGAAACUAAAUGGUACAAUCGUAGAGGGACGAAAAAUAGAGGUGAACAACGCCACCGCCAGAGUAAUGACCAACAAAAAGAUGGCAAACCCUUACACAAAUGGCUGGAAGCUGAAUCCAAUGGUUGGAGCCGUAUAUGGUCCUGAAUUUUAUGCAGUGGCAGGUUUUCCAUACCCCAGUGCAGGAGCAGCUGUUGCCUACAGAGGGGCUCAUUUGCGAGGCAGGGGCCGCGCCAUCUACAACACGUUCCGUGCUGCACCUCCGCCUCCACCCAUCCCCACCUAUGGAACUGUGGUCUACCAGGAUGGAUUUUAUGGGGCAGAAAUAUAUGGAGGAUAUGCAGCCUACAGAUAUGCACAGCCAGCUGGUACUGCUGCAGCUGCUUACAGUGACAGUUACGGCAGAGUCUAUGCAACCGCAGACCCCUAUCACCACACCAUCGGUCCUGCAGCCACAUACAGUGUGGGCACUAUGGCUAGCCUUUACAGAGGAGGGUGCAGUCGCUUCACUCCCUACUAGAAAAGAGGGACAGGCCCCCCUUUGCUUUGCCGCAGACAUAAAAAGCAAAAACUCAGAUCAGCUAGAAACAGCUUUCACCCCCUUCGUGAUGCUUCCAGGUGGCAGAUGUAACUCUGACAUGCAAGAAUCAUCUUAAAUCUGCUUCCCUGUUUACGGACUGUAAACAUUUACUGAUGUCAUUUAUUGAUGUACUGUACUUAUUGUUGUAAAUAACAAUGUGUUGAUUUGAAUGUUUGGAUUGAAAAAGUUGAACAAAGACAGUUUUAGCCGAUGUGGAGCGAGCCGACCAAAAACUAGACUUUAAUGAAAUUCAUAGAAUUUUUGUUUUGCCCUGUGACUCCUGUGAAGUGGCCUUUGGUGCCAGUUUAAAUCUGUUUACCUAGACUCCUAUAUACUCCUAUAUCCAUAUGUUCAUUACUGUGCAAAAGUCUUGAGC